AUGAAGGCCAAUGGUACCUCGAAACUCACCACAUUCACAUUGCAGCUAUGCAGAAAUCAAAGUUCACCACCCGGUCAAAAGAGCUGGAAUUUGAUGAGCGUUUGGUUUUGUUUACUUGUUUAUUACAAACUGGACAGAUUCAGAUUUUUGGUGGCCCAGGGUUGGGCUCAAUGCCGGCACUUAACAGAAAACAGCGGAACAGGCUGGCCGGCCGGCCAAGGCUGCUCCUAUGGCAAAAACCCGCAGAAACCGAUGUUUUGUCGAGAGGGGUGUUGCAACGGUUUGUUGGGGCAACUGACGGAAGCCAGUCGUACCAAUCAGUUCCAACACGUGAAGGCCGUUGCUCCUGAGUCUUCUUGCAAUGUUGACGGUGUUUGUUGGUGA